AUGGUGCUACGCAGCAUGCAGCAGCAGCAGCUGCAGCAGCAGCAGCAGCAGCAGCUGCAACAACAGCAGCAGCAGCAGGUCCCCCUGCUGCCGCUCCCCAAAACGAGGGAGCUCGUAGACGUGGUUCAGCAGCUCAGCAGCAGCAGCAGGAGCAGCAGCAGCAGCAGCAGCACCUUGUCGAACAGCAUCUCCACGCUGCAGCUGCAGCUAAAGGAACAGCCGGGAGCUGGUUGUGCCAUCUCUUCCGGGAUUCAGCAUAUCCUUGUCAAGCAGCAGCAGCAGCAGAAGCAGCAGCAGCAGCAACAGCGGCAACAGCAGCAGCAGCAGCGGCAGCAGCAGCAGCAGCAACAGCCCCAUCGGCUGCCAAGACCUCCUUGCUGA